ACCACACACCACUAUUUGAUUAUCAAGCGAAGCGGAGACUGAAAGCCGGAACGCGCGAAAUACGCUUUAUAUGUAGUAAAAUAAGAGAAUAUUAUUUUUAGUAGCUAAUAAAAGAAGCUCUUAGCACAUUGAAAUGUGCUUUAGCCCAAAUUCUAAUUUAGUGCAGCGAACAAUCGAACUGAAUUAUGCAAAAAAGAAAAGAGCUACUUCUAUCAAGUGGUUCUUUGUGAAUAUGACAGUGUUUCUUGUAUUUACUUUUGAUUUGACAUGGUCGGGGCCGUGCUCGGGCUCGCUGGCGCGCUACGCGCAGCUGGCGGCGGCGGGCGCAGCGUGUGCGGGAGCACUGCGGCACGCGCUGCGUCUGCUGCCGCGCCCCGCGCCCUCCGCGCCACCCGCUCGCCUCUCGCGCCGCCAGCUGCGUCUGCUCGGCCUCUCCCCAGCCGACCUAGACUCUUCUCUGGUGCUGUCGGAGGGCGAGAGCGCUCCCAUCUCCGCCCCCGCCCCCGACUCCGCCUCCGCCGACUGUGAGCUGUCGCUGUCGCUAUCGCCACGGCGCUGGCGCUCGCCGCGCGACCCUCCGCCCUCGCCGCCGCCCGCCUCGCCGCCCCGCUCCCCGCCACGCUCGCCGCCCCGCUCGCCGCGCGGCGCGCUCCGCGACCGCUUCAUCGCCGACCGCCGCUCGCUCGCAGACUAUAUCAAGUUUCGUUACAUGUGGAGCCGUGCUCGCAGGGAGUACGAGGGGCUGCAGGGCGCGCCGGGGGAGGGCGCCGAGGGCGCUGUGGGCGCGGCGAGUGCGUGCGCCCCGCGCGCCGCCCCGCCCCCCGCCUACCACCUGUCGGCGCUGGACUCGGAGGGCGGCAAGCUGGAGGAGGGGUCGCCGGAGGGCUCCCCGUCUGUGUGCUGGCAGCUAGACAUCGACCCGCACAAGCUUACUCAGUGGAACUUGAACCUGCGACUGUGGAUCCACAUCACGAUCCUGGAGCGGGUGGUGGGCGCGAUGGCGGCGGCGGACGCGGCGCGCGCGCUGCUGCCGUACCUGGAGCCGUUCGCGGACCAGCGCUACGUGGUGCGGCGGCUGCGGGAGCUGGCGCGCGCGCCCUGCCUCAGCGAGUACCGCGGCGAGGCGGGCGGGGCCGACUGGCACGCCGGACAGCCCACAGACAGCGAGAUCAUCCUGCAUCUCUUCGCCACGUAUCUGGACGGGCAGAUGCUGCAGAGCGGGAACCCGCGGCCCUUCAGCUCGCAGUACCUGUACAGUGGCGGGGGCGGUGCUGGGGGCGGGGCUGGGGGCGGGGCGGAGGAGCCGCGGCUGGAGCGAGUGCGGGAGCGGCCGCCGCAGUGGGCGGUGCGCGUGGGCGGGGCGCUGGCGGGCGCGCGCGGCCGCAACAACCUGCUGCACGCGCUGCUGCUGCUGCUGGCCGCCGCCGCGCGCCGCUCGCCGCCCGCCCUCGCCCGCACGCCGCUCGGCCCCGCAGGACUCAACAUGCUGUGGAUCCUCAGCUGACCGCGCGCCGCUCGCCGCCCGCCCUCGCCCGCACGCCGCUCGGCCCCGCAGGACUCAACAUGCUGUGGAUCCUCAGCUGACCGCGCGCCGCUCGCCGCCCGCCCUCGCCCGCACGCCGCUCGGCCCCGCAGGACUCAACAUGCUGUGGAUCCUCAGCUGACCGCGCGCCGCUCGCCGCCCGCCCUCGCCCGCACGCCGCUCGGCCCCGCAGGACUCAACAUGCUGUGGAUCCUCAGCUGACCGCGCGCCGCUCGCCGCCCGCCCUCGCCCGCACGCCGCUCGGCCCCGCAGGACUCAACAUGCUGUGGAUCCUCAGCUGACCGCGCGCCGCUCGCCGCCCGCCCUCGCCCGCACGCCGCUCGGCCCCGCAGGACUCAACAUGCUGUGGAUCCUCAGCUGACCGCGCGCCGCUCGCCGCCCGCCCUCGCCCGCACGCCGCUCGGCCCCGCAGGACUCAACAUGCUGUGGAUCCUCAGCUGACCGCGCGCCGCUCGCCGCCCGCCCUCGCCCGCACGCCGCUCGGCCCCGCAGGACUCAACAUGCUGUGGAUCCUCAGCUGACCGCGCG